AAGUACUUCGGAGGAUCGUUUCUGCUGUAUGCAUUCUCAUACUUGGUCAUGUAUGUUGGUCACACUGUGCAUUCUGGCGGUAGUUAGUAAUUCUGUUACGGAUUGGUAACUCAUCUGUUGGUGCGAGGCGGGUAUGAGGCCUGGGUUUGUCUUAUAUGGUUUUAUUGGUUAAUAUUUUGGAACAUUUCUUACAAUUUUAUUCAAAAUUUUAUUGUUAUAUAUAAUCUUAAAGGAAGAGUGUGCAUAGUUAUUAAUAAAGGACGCUUGUAUCAUGACAAGGUCAAAAAUUGAGUUGGGAGAUGUAACUCCACAUAAUAUAAAGCAGCUUAAACGUCUUAAUCAAGUUGUAUUUCCAGUCUCUUACAAUGAUAAAUUUUACAAAGAUGUUUUGGAAGCUGGAGAGUUAGCUAAAUUGGCAUACUAUAAUGACAUUGUAGUGGGAGCAGUGUGCUGUAGGAUUGACACUUCAGAAAACUCAAGACGCCUGUACAUUAUGACUCUAGGGUGCCUAUACCCUUAUCGAAGGCUUGGCAUUGGCUCAAAGAUGGUAGAACAUGUCCUCAAAUAUGUUCAUUCUGAUGGUAACUUCGAUAGUAUUUUCCUACACGUGCAAGUGAACAACGAGGGAGCGAUAGACUUCUAUAAAAAAUUUGGCUUUGAAAUUGUUGACACUAAGGAACACUACUAUAAGAGGAUUGAACCAGCUGAUGCACAUGUGCUGCAGAAGACUCUCCGGCCUAAAAUAACAAAUGGUGAUACUAAGACAGGUGAAGAAAAGAAAGACAAUGAGAAAUAAUGAAGAAUAUAAGGAUGUGACUUUAAAUUAUUAUACAAACUCUUAACAGUUUAUUACAAUUGAUAAGUGAGUGUAAUUACAUUAUUUUCAUUCUGGUUCAAUUAAUGACAGAAGGAUGGUGGAUUAAAUUAUAACAGUACAGGAAGAGAAAUAUUACUCCAGCUAUGAACAUUGGGCAUGUUAUUUCAUUUAUUUAUGUCCACAAAUGAUUUGUAAUAUGGACCUUACUCUUUUUCAGUUUUACAUUUCUGAUACCUAGACUUCAACAGACUUCUCUAGCUGAAAUACAUUUUGUAAUUAAUGGAAAUAUAUGGUUAUGUUGCAAGUUUCAA